AUGGCUGACAUCUUGGGGGAUCUUGCUACAAAGUUUGAUAUUAUCAAAAUGAUAGCUUAUGAAGGUGGUGCGUCUCCAGGUCGUUGCUAUGGCUUGAAGUGCGACAUUAUUCGAAGUACGCUUCAUGAUGUGCGAAAUCGACUUAAGCAAGACCCAGCAAGCAGAUAUCAAGUGGCAGAAAUUUUGGAUAUGCUGAGCAAGCAUGUCGGGAGACUGUCAUUGAAUGCGUAUGAUACUCAAGAUCUCUUUGCGAUCAGAAUGGAUACAAUGGUCGAUCUUAUGGAGAAGAGAUUCAACGAGAAUUGGCCGGAAGAGAAUUCCGAAGCCGAGCGCAGGCAUCUCGAGCUGUAUGCCAUCUGGGGCCGCCUUUGUGUGGCUAUGCCCUCUUGUGGUUGUCUACAAUGCGGCAAGAGGCGGUUACAUAAUGCUGGCAGGUUCUAG